AUGAGCUCCAACUCCAAAGAUUGGCAGAAACUGUGCGCCGAGCGCAAGGAGAGACGGCUCCAAUCCAUUCCAAAGGACUGGCUCAUUCAUGCUCCGCCAGAGAGCCAACGGAACGUCCUGAACGUACCGGAGACUUGUGGCCUACUGACGGGCCACGAGCUGGACAUAACUAGUACGACUGACGUCGACACUUUACUGGGAAAGCUCGCGCUUGGCCAAUGGUCGUCUGUGGAGGUCACGACCGCCUUCUACAAACGUGCGAUCGUCGCGCAGCAGCUGACAAACUGCCUGACCGAAAUCUUCGUUGAGAAAGCGCUUGCACGGGCCAAGGAGGUCGAUGAAUAUUUCCAGCAGACCGGAAAGACCAUCGGUCCCCUGCAUGGCCUCCCUAUCUCGCUAAAAGAUCAAUUCUGUAUCAAGGGAAUGGAUACAGUUAUGGGCUACGCCGGCUGGAUAGGCAAGCCUGCCGAGAAGGAUAGCGUGCUGAUCGAGAUUCUCUACGACCUCGGCGCGGUCCCUUUCGUGCGAACUAAUGUGCCGCAGACGCUGUUGUGGGGCGAGACCUACAAUCACGUCUUCGGGCGGACGACGAACCCGUACGACCGGUACAUGACCCCCGGUGGCUCUACUGGUGGCGAGGGAGCCCUGCUCGCCAUGCAUGGCAGUCCCCUCGGUGUUGGCACUGACAUUGGCGGAUCUGUGCGCAUCCCCGCCGCAUUCUGCGGUCUAUACAGCCUCCGGCCAAGCUACGGACGUCUGCCUUAUCAGGGUUGUGUGAAUUCCCAGCUCGGACAAGAGAGUAUUUCGUCCGUCCUCGGUCCAAUGACAAGCUCGCCCUCCGGCGUGCUGCGCUUCACGAAGGCCAUCAUCGAUGCGAAGCCGUGGAACAGCGACCCACUCGCGGUGCGCAAGCCGUGGAGUAGGGAUGAGUAUGAGCUCGGGGAGCAUGGAAAUGGCGUGGGCAUGUGCUUUGCCAUCAUGUGGGAUGACGACAUCGUUAAGCCGCAUCCACCGGUUAUCCGCGCGAUGGAAAUUACCAAGGCCGCGUUGGAAGCUGCUGGGCACAAAGUGAUCAAUUGGGUCCCGCAUCGCCAUGCAGAGAUCUACAAAAACACAGCACAAAUAUUUUUCGCGGAUAGCGGACAUGAUUUCUUCACUGAUUGUGAGCUGUCGGGAGAGCCGCUCAUUCAGACCAUGAGUCCGGCAGAGAACGCACAUGAACUUGUCUUGGACGGGCUGCCUCUUUCCCGGACACUUGUCGAAAAGCCAGCCCAUCUUUCCGCAUAUGAUCUCUGGCAGCUCCACAAUGAGAAGCGCGAGCUGCGAAAAUCAUAUUUGGACCACUGGGAGGCGACGAAGGCCAUCACAGGCACCGGACGCGCCGUGGACGCAAUAAUUAGCCCGGUGUCGCCACAUACCGCCUGUCCUCAUGGCUGCCAUAUUCAUGGAUUCUACACGGUCCUGUGCAAUAACCUCGACCUGACGACGUCCGUGUUUCCGGUCUCAUUCGCCGAUAAGGAUCUCGACAAGAAGCUGCCGCCGCAUGAGUUUAGAAACCAGGAUGACAAGGCAGUGUACCACCUGUACGAUUCCGAACUAUUCCACGGCCUUCCUGUUGGCCUGCAGCUGAUUGGGCGCACUUUGGAGGAGGAAGGUGUUAUUGGUAUGACUGAGGUGAUGGACAAGGCAUUGAAAGCCUACAAGGCCGCGUAGGGAUCAUCUCCAAUGUAAUCGAGAUACAGUAUGCCGU